AUGGAAAUUUUGCCUGCUGGCUAUUCUGAUUUUCGGAAGAGAGAAUAUUGGAACAAUUUUUUUCGUAUAAUAGAUAAUAAAAAUUUUGAGUGGUAUGGAAGUUAUGAGGAUAUAAAAAGUAUUGUGUACAAAUGUAUAAGGAAAAGAUUAAAUUAUAGUAAUGAUAAGAAUGAGGAUGAGAUAAGUUCAUGUGCUGUAAAUAAAAAUUGUUUAUUUAUUAAUACAGGUUGUGGUAAUUCCAAUAUAAGCAAUGAAUUUUAUGAAGAUGGAUUUAAAAAUAUUAUUAAUAUUGAUUAUUCAGAAGUUGUUCUUGAAAAUAUGAGAAAGAAAUAUGGAAAAAAAAUGAAAUUUAUUAAUAUUGAUUUAAAUAACAUAGAAGAAUUUGAUAAGUUUUUAAAAAAUAUAGAUUAUCAAUGGGAAAACGAAAAUAAUAAUAAUAUUAACAAUGUUGGCAAUAUUGACAAUAUUAACAAUGUUGACAAUAAUAAUAAUAUUACAACUCAUGAUGAAAUCAAUAUCGAAGAAACAAACCAUUAUCAUAAUGUUGGUUGUGAAAAAAAAACAGAAAAAAAAAAUCAUAUAUUUUAUAAACAAUAUGAUUAUAAAAUAUUUUUUGAUAAAGCCUUUCUAGAUUCGUAUUUAUCUUGUGAAAAAAAUGAAGAAGAUAUUUGUAAAAAGAAUGCACAAAAUUAUUUUUCUCAUAUUUUUAAAUAUAUGAAAAUAGGAGAUUUAUUUUUAAUAGUUACUUUAUGUCAAUAUUAUAUAAUUAAAGAAAUAAUUAGAAAUAUAUAUAAUGAAAAUGUCAAAUUAGAGAUUUUUCCAUAUUUAAUAAAACAACAUACAAAUGAAUUUACAUUACAUCCAUUCCUUUUUGCAUUUUAUAAAACUUCAAAGAAGAAAAAAAAUGAUUAUUCUGCUCAAUUUAUAAAUAUACAUAAUAAUGAUAUUAAAGAAAUAUCUAUAUGGAAAAUACCACAAGAAAUUAAAAAAAUAAGAGAAAAUAUAAAUAUUAAUAUAUUUAAAAAAGGAAAACGUAUUAUAUUAGAUAUAUAUAAUCAAAAUACAAAUCUAUGUGAUUAUAAUAUUAUUGUAUAUGAUUCAAAAUUAGAACAAAAAACAAUCAAAUAUAAUACUGUUGUUAUUGUGGUACCAUGGGGAUAUGAAUUUCAUUCUUUAUAUUCUUCUCCUGAAGGAAAUGAAGAAUUGUCACAAAAAGCUCAAACAAAAAGAUUACUUCUAGUUAUGAAAUCAACAUUUUUUUUAAAACAUAAUAAAACAAAUGAUAAAACCAUUGCUUCUAAUGUGGAUAACAAGAGAGCUGACAAUAUAUUACAUGAUACUUUGUAUGAUAUUCCAUUCAAUUCUUUUAUAAAUGAUUACAAUGUGAAUUCUAAUCAUAAUAAUGUUCAUCAUAAUAAUAUUCAUCAUAAUAAUGUUCAUCAUAAUAAUGUUCAUCAUAAUAAUGUUCAUCAUAAUAAUGUUCAGCAUAAUCAUGUUCAUCAUAAUAAUAUUUCUAACGUGCUGUAUCAAAAUAAUCAUUCAAUUAAUAUAUUAUUAAAUUCUGUAAAAAACGAAUUAAGAAACAUUUUGAACGAGUUGGCCCUUCCCAAUUCUGAAAAUUUCCCCAUCAUGGUUUUAAAUGAAGAUGUAAAAGAUUGCAAAAUUAUAUCUUUCGAAAAGUCGAAACAUUGUACUAGUAUUAUUAUACGAGAUGUGCUAAUUACAGAUGAAUUUAUGUCCGAUCAUUUUCAUGACGAUCAAAAUAAAAUCGAAAAAUUAAAAAAUAAAAAUAAAAAAAAAAAUAAAAAUAAAAAUAAAACAAACAAAAAUAAUAAUAAAAGUAAACAUAAAGAAAUUAAUAGUAUCCAUGAGAAACACAUAGAAGACAAUACCUUUGGGAACAGCUUGUCAAAUAAUACCAUUUGCGAUGAUCAUGUUUUAUGUAAUAAUGAUUAUGAUUAUCCAAAUGAGAGAAAUUUUUUGGAAUAUAAAAAAAUGGUAAUGACUUUAUUAGAAAAGAAUAGAAAGGAUAAGAAAAUAUAUUUUGAAAAAAAAGAUAUAUAUAAAAGACAAAUGAUAUUUUCUUAUGAUCCUUUAACAGUACAAUCUGAAUUAAUAUAUACUAGAAAAAAAAAUCAAGAAAUAAAAAAUGAUAAUGAAAAUAUAAUCUUUGAAUAUGUCCAGUCAGCUAGCCAAUACCAUAUAAUGUUUUCAUGUAGUAUAUUUUUUGUAAUAAAUCCAAAUAUAUUUUUUAAUAAUAAAAAUUUUAAAAUUAAUAUAUGUAUAUUAGGAGGAGGUACUAAUGUAUUAUCCAAUAUUAUAAAAACAAUAUUUCAUGAUUAUUAUAUACAUUUCGAUAUUAUAGAAAUAGAUGAAACAGUAAAAAAAUUUUAUUCUUUGUUCGCUUAUGAAACCUAUAAUAAUGAAAGGCAUAUAAUGAAUUACAUUAUUAAUGAUUCUUAUGAUUAUAUAACGAAUUUUACACAAAAACAAUUUUACAAUAUCAUAUUUCUUGAUAUUAAUAAUUCUCAAAAUUCAUAUAUAACAGCUGAUGGAUAUAAAUUAUAUAUGACCUGUCCACAUGUUAAAUUUUUAAAUAAACAUAUUAUUAAUAAUAUUAAAAAUAUUUUAAAAAAGGAUAAUGGUAUAUUAGUAGUUAAUUUAUUAACAAGAGAUAAAAAUGCAAAGACAUAUGUGUACAACUUUUUUAAGACUUUUUUUGUCACAUUAAUUAGUAUAUCAUCAAUUAAUCAGGAGAUCAAUGAAGUGUUGAUAUGUAGUGAUAAUAUUAUGACGACCGAAAAAAAUGCAACUUUUCAAUAUAACCUAUUAUAUAUGAUUAAAAAUUAUUAUGAUAAGUGGUUCCUAAAUUUUGACUUGGAGCAAUUUAUAAGUAACAUUAAGAUAAUGUAA